AAAUGACUCUUAAGUGAACCAUCUCUCUUUUUUGCUCCAGCUUUUGCUCUUGCAAUAAAUACCAUGGGCAGUCUCACAGGCGACACGCGUCGUUGAGUGCGAUGCUGGCUGGAAUCAUAGAAUGAAUAAAUCCCGUGAAGAAGAAGUUUGUCGUGUUUUGAUUGGACGGCUGUAAAUUUGUUUCAGACAUGGCCGAAACAGCAGGAGAGGGAGCGCAAGGAGGACCCUUUUUUAACAAAGAGAGAAUGAAAUACAGCCCCGAUGAGGAGGCCAGACUGGAAAGGCAGCAUUUUUGGAGAAUAAUCGAUGCUUUUAGAUUUUACAGGGUCCAUGUCGAGGAGCAGGUCAAGCGUGCUGAGCGUCAGUUUCGGAGCCUACCACAGCACCACCAGAAUUUGCUGCCAGAUGUUUUGUCCAACUUGGCCCAGAUCAGCAAGUGUGCAGACCACAACCAGGAGUUGCUGCAGGCCAUCAUUAACAACAGCCUCCACAUGUUUGAAAACAUUGAGUACGGCGAGAGGGAGGAUCCGCGGAAGGCGCGGCCAUCCACUACAUUUGACAUGGACAAGCUCAAGUCCACCAUUAAACAGUUUGUCAGAGACUGGAGCGAGGUGGGCCGGGCUGAGAGGGACACCUGCUACCAGCCCAUAAUCCAAGAGAUCCAAAGACUCUUUCCAAGUGACCAAUAUGAUGUGUCUAAGGUGAGCGUGCUGGUUCCGGGUGCUGGACUUGGCCGUCUAGCCUGGGAGAUUGCUCGGCUGGGUUAUAUUUGCCAGGGCAACGAAUGGAGCUUCUUCAUGCUCUUCUCUUCAAACUUUGUUCUCAAUAGGUGUGAAAAGGUGAACUCUCUGACCCUGUACCCCUGGAUCCACCAAUUUAGCAACAACAAGAAAUCCUCUGACCAAACACGACCAAUCACAUUCCCUGAUGUCAACCCUCAGAGCUUACCGCUAACUUCAGACUUCUCCAUGGUAGCAGGGGACUUUGUGGAAGUCUACAGUGAAUCAGAGUCCUGGGACUGUGUGGCUACGUGCUUCUUUAUUGACACGGCUCAUAAUGUCAUCGAGUAUGUGGAGACUAUCUGGAAGAUUCUUAAGCCUGGUGGAGUAUGGAUCAACCUGGGUCCACUGCUGUACCACUUUGAGAACAUGGCCAAUGAGCUCUCCGUUGAACUUAGCUACGAAGACAUUAGGACAGCGAUUGUUAACUUUGGCUUCCACUUGGAGGUGGAGAAAGAGUCAGUUCAGACCACCUACACAGAAAAUGACCGCUCUAUGUUGAGAUACGUUUAUGACUGUGUCUUCUUUGUGGCACGAAAACCCGCUGGCGUGUACUUUAGCUGUCAAGAAGACGGCCAACACCAGAGUUCUCCACCGGCUAUGUCACCACGGUGAGAAGAUAAACACAGCCUGACGUGACUGGAAAUUCAUUGACAAAAAGAGGACUAAGCGACGAUUAGACUGACAAAAUGAAAAAGACAAUGGACACAGAAAAAAAAUCAGUGGACAUGCAUAUCUACAUAUUUUUUAUGAUGUAUGUCAUGGAGAAAUAUUACCAACUCUGCAGGCCCUGUUUUUCUUUUUUUGUGGGAAGCGCUGAGCACCUGUAUAUGGUUCAAAGUGUAGAAUGUAAAACAAAAUAUUGAUGUACUGUGUUACGCAUAACACCUGAAAAUCAUCUAAAUACUCUAUAUCUCUUGAUACCUGGGUUUGAGAUGAGUCAGUUACACUGAGUUGCUAUUUUGUUUUAGUGGUUUGUGUGUCAACUACAAGCCGUGAAGAUUUCUUUUAACUGCGAUCUUACUAAUUCUCAUCUUCAUUGACUUUAACUGCCUGUGUGUGUGUGUGUGUGUGUGUGUGUGUGAGUGUGAGUGUAUGUGUGAGAUAGAGAGAGAGAGAGAGAGAGAGAGAGAGACAGGACAGCGAGAUGUGAACAUUUGCUUUUGAAAUCUAUUUAUUUUUUUCAAAUAUGGUGCCAAUAACUAUGUCUACUCAUUUGCAUUGAUCCUCCGUCAACCAUGAAAAUGUAAUCAAAACAUGUUUCAGCUUUUCAGGAAUAAGUUGUUUUUAAUUUGGAGAUGACUUUCAUCGACUUUUCUGGUUUAUAAUCACACUUUGGAAUAAAGCCAAACAUUUAGAAAAAA